GCGCCCUGUCGCGGAAACGAGGGUUAUCUCACUUCAGCUCCUAACCCAAUCGAAAGCCUCGUGCUGUUCAGCCAGCCGCUGACACGUUCCUAGGAGCAGGACUGCUAAUCCGUGGUCACUUUCGCCGGUUCAAUUUGUAGUUUAAAAUUGAUGUGCAUUUACCUACCUGUUUUUAUUUUGUGCUUUUUCCUGUCUUUUUCUCCUUUUCACGUUCGUAUCCCUGGGACCUGUGCCACCAUCAGUCCGCUGCCGCCCGCACCGCAGACUCUUGAGUCGCAGUCAAUGCACGCAGCAACAGCACAGCAAAUCUCGGCCAACUGUGCGACACGCAAACACGACAAAAAAUUUCCCUCCUGUUUGUCGAGCUGCUCGAUGCUGGUCCCAUUCACUCUGCCGCCGACAAAGCACUGAACGAGCACUGAACGAGCACCAAAAUAACGGCCAGCAGCCAUCCCCCCGCUCUUGAUUUUGGUGCUUCUUGAGCCAUGUCCACGCUCCAAUAGGCCUGACCGUGUCGCUGCCGCUGCAAACCACCCCCACAAGCCCAGCCAAUCCUCGCCGGCCAAGUCUCACGCGACAGCCUAAGGCCCAUCCUGCCGGCUUGCAUCAACACACGCCCACUUUGGAGCCCGACUUGACGGAGUCGAGACCCAGUCAGAGCGACGAGAUUGUCUAUCACCUGCAAAAUUUACCCCCAACCAGAGGGGCCAGGCCGUCUGCUGGGCCGGCUUGAACCCUUUUUUUCUCCUCUCUCUAUCGCUGCCACCCCUCCAGUCAACCAAGAUCCGAACCGCCCUGGCCGUCCGCUCGGGCUUCAAUCCCUCCUCUCGCUGUCGACCUAACCUAAAUCCAGCCGGGCCCCUCUCGUCGACUCGUGUCCUGCCUCCCUCGGCUGCACACUCCCCCGCCCGCACUGCGGUCCGAACAGCCAGUCCUCGGGCUCGCUGGCAUUCGCCACAGAGAUUGAUACCGAAGAGAAAACGAACAGAGACUGCGACGGGACUGACUUCUUCCUCUCCAUCGCCCCUGCCAUGACCUUCGAGGCGCCCGAUUGAUCCCUUGGACGAAAAAUCCGACUCCGACUCCGAUCCGAUUCCGAUGGACUCUGCUACUCUUUCACGUCGGCCGUCUGUCGCCGCCAUCCCCGCCAGCGGCGGCGACGAUGUCCAGCCAGCCAGCCCGAUCCCCGUCGACCCGCGGUCGCCUCGCGUGGUUGACCGACCGCCAUCACUCCACGGAGACGAGGCCAAGGUGGCCGCCACCGCCGAGUUGGCCUCCAUAAUGACGGCUGCCUCCAACCCUGUGUCGCCUGGCCCUGCGAGCCCUCCGCUCUUGGACCCGACACGAAGUCAGGACUUCGUGCCGCCCGCUCGCCCAAGCAGCACCCCGUUUCCUCAGCCCGAGCCCCGAAACUCGGAAAUAACAUGCACCAGUUGUCCUGCGAGGAUCGGCGAUGGGAUGGACAUGGAGCACGACCACGACCACGACCACGACCACGACCACGACCACGACCACGACGACGGGUCUGGCUUCUCGCCCUUUGCGCAGCCUGUCCAGCCUCAGGGCAUCGACCUGAACGACCUCCCACCCGAGAUCCAUGAGUGCAUACUCGACCAUCUUUUUGGCUACCGCGUGUCGGCUGCCUCCAAGAGCUCCAUGGGCAUGAAUAGUGUUACGCGGAGUUGGGGCACUGCGUUGAGACACUCGAGACGACGCGAGCUGUCGGAGCUGGCCCUUGUCAGCCGCGUCUGGCGGGUGCUGAUCCAGGAGCGUCUCUAUCGACACAUCAAGCUCAAGGCGACGGUGGGCUCUGUCAACGACGCCGUGGCCUACUUUGCCCAGCACCCACACCUGCGGUCCUACGUCAGACACAUCGAGGUCUGGUUCCCCGUCUUCCAGCCGAAGCACGGGCCCUCGGUCCUCUUCGCGACAUCGGUGCUCCCCACUGUGACCGUCGACGGCCUCACGGCCGCGUCCUACGUGCUGCCGGCAGACAAUUGCUCCCUGGAGGAGGCUUUUUACUUUGUCGGCGCCACAUUCCCCAAGGUCAGGGUACUCACGCUCGAAGGUGGCGAGCGCAAGAAGGCGCCAAAGGUCAGGCACUUUAUUGGAGACGCCAAGUUCUUUGUUCCGCACCACAGCUCGCCGCAGUCUGGCCCCUCUCCCUCGUCAAGCCCAUACAUCCCGUCGUCUCUGGACAUCGCCAGGGAGAUGCCCAAGGUUCCCACCAUCAGGACUUUGGUGUGCAAGGGCCAGUGGAACCUCAUCCGGAGCGAGGACGACUUUGCCGCCAUCGCUUCGGCACUUCCCAACCUGGAAGAAUGGCAUGGGUCCUACAACAAGCCCAAGUCAAAGAGCUACCUCACUAUGGCGGCCAUUCUACCCCAUUUGCCUAAUGGGUUGAAGAAGGUGCAUCUGUGUCUCGAGGCCGACUACCGGCGCGAACUUUCGUUCCCACCUUACUUCAUCAAGGUGUCCAGCCGGCUGCACUUUUGCCAGCGGCUAGGUCUUGCGGCACCAGGCUUGGAGCACAUCUCGUACACUGGCCGUGUCUGUCGGGUCUUCUUUGACACCCUUGCCGCCAACGCCGACCCCAGGCUCACGCGCCUUAAGAGCAUCGACCUGACGGUCAAGAACUGCUGCCGCCAGGUGACUCACUGGAACGAGUCUGGCUCGGGCAUCACCGACAUGAAGUUUAUCCAGGCCUUUGAGGCCUUGGUGCUUGCUGGCAUUCGCGCACUGAAAAGGCUGCGCGCGCUCGAGUACCUGCGGAUCCGAUAUGUGGAUCUUGAUUCGCCGAUCCCAUCCCUGAACCCUUACUUCAUUCUCAACCGCGACGGCUGGGUUGAGGGUGUUUGGAGCGACAGCAUCGUCAGGACUCUCCAGGCCGCCCGUCCCGAAGCACGCUUCAGAGAGCUGGCGGACGGGCCCAACAAGGACGGUCGAAUGAUCAUCGGCCCCGAAUACAUGGGCAAGGUUGUCUCGUUCAAACUGGACAACUACAAGUAUCUCUACGGGGGCGCUUUUACCGGCUCCUAGUGGUGACGUCGGCACUUUUGUUGACAUGGCGCUUCCCUCAUGUCUUGUGAUUUUUCAAGUAUCCUCUCAUCUCUGGGUCUGCUCUCGUUAGACCUUGUUCUCCCUGGCGACAAACACAAACAGAAACACAUAUGCACAGACACACUCACACAUUCGCAUUCCAGUUUCCUUGCGUAUUAUGGCGGGCUGGUGUUAAUGGGGCGGUGGUUGGAUCUCGCUAUCCCUCCCUGGAUCACGCAUUCUGGUGCUUACCCGCUCGAUCCAUCCUUGUCUUCUGGCUUCUUGGUCUCCUUUGUCCCCGUUCGCACGGCGGAUCAGCAUGGCGUUUGAGGGUUGGACUUUGAUUUUUCUUAUAAUACCAUGCGGCUUAUGGCCCUCCCCCUCGUCUUUUUCUCAUAUUUGUCAUGUCACUUUUGUUGCGCUUUGUUCCAUCUUCAGAAUUGUCCGAUUUCGAACAAGAAUCUCGACCUGAGAGUGUCUCCUGCUUGAAAAGCCCCUUAGUUUGUCCCAGACCUCUUUUCUUUGUUUUAUCUUGAUGUUUACUUGUGUUCUACGGCAAGGUAUCUGAGCACGGAAAAACGGCGUGGGUGGUGAUCUCCUGAACGAGAUCGUGAGUGCUACUGCUAAGCGGGAAGGACGGCACGGAAGAAAACAAGGACUCUAGCUUCGUUUGGUAUGAGUUGCAGCGGGCUGGCUACUGGUAGCACUUAUCAGACAUAGUUCAAAGCUCGAGAUCAGUGACUAGGGUGUGUCUUCUCUCGUUUUGAGGGUUGUAUUGGAUCCGGCCGGGUGCCCGUGCUCACCAAGAGAGCGGAAGACUGGAAAGGAGCAUAUGAUUGCGGUCCUGUAACACCCAUUCAUCGUCUGCUCUCACCCCCUUUAGAGAUAUUCCUUAACAUGUUGAGGACUUUAGAAGUUUUUUUAUCAUGAUAUCCAAUUUUAU